AUGUGCAACCUUCUAGGGGCCUGCUGCGGGGGAGCAAAAAGGGCGUUCCGAUGCUGCUCUCUCCGCACUUUUGCCUUCAUAUGGCUUGGCAUCAGUGUCAUUCUUGCGUUGGUGCAAUUUGUGGCGGGUGCUUACUUGACAUCCUAUUUGGGCCCAGUAGAUUCACUGUUGGAAGAUAUAAGGGACAGGAUAAUGACUCUUGAUGACCCCACUACGGCCCUGAAGUACUACAACGUUAUAUCUGGCAGUCUGGCUGUCCUCUGGAAAACAAUGACUUUACUUACUACAGUCCGCGGAGUAUUCGACACGGUCGCCGUCAUUUGCUGGGGCGUCGGGUUCUACAGACGGAAAAUAAUGCUCUUAUAUGUCUUUAUCGGCAUGAUGGCUGUCGACUUCUUUCUCGACUUCUGCCUCUUUAUAAUUCUCAUGAUCGUUGUCAAUGCUCUCUACAUCGCUUUUUUCUUUCCUUCCGCGUUGGCGCUGCCGUUUGUUCUCUACGGCUGGGAAGCGCUGUUGGGGCCGUAUGUCCUGCAUCUUCUCCUCAGUCAUGCAUUCGUUAUGAGCGUGGGGGGCGAUGGAACAGAGAUGAAGAGUUGGAAGGAGGUCAAGGAGCUUCAGGAGAAAGGGACUGCCAAAGAAAAACAAGGCAAAUCUGAAGAGGCCCGGCUGUUGGGAGACUCGUCAGGGGAAGGGAAAGUACUGGAUGGAGGGACAGAUGCUGACGAUGAGGACACAAUAGCUGUGGCGCAACAAGAAGUAUAA